AUGCCUUUGAACACACAGGGAGGAAAAAAAAAACCUUUAAAAGCUGCAAAGAAAGGACCAGUAGAACUAACAGAGGAAGAUAUUGCUUUUAAAAAAGAAAUGGCAGAAAAAAAAAAAGCUGAAGAAGAAGCUAAGCAAAAAUUGUUGAAGGCUAAGAAAAAGUAA